AUGGCGCGAGGCGCCACGAUGCAGUCCAAGGCCAUCAAAUACUUUGCGCCGACCGAGUCGGCCAAGGUUGCGGUCGCCACCGAUGCACCAACACUGCCCACGUCCAAGGGCGCCGAAGCCGUCAAGAAGCAGACGAGCUAUACGACGAGCGCGCUCUUGGCGUACAAAGUCGACACGUUCAUUUCGACGCGACGAGGCCAAACCAUCACGCUGGUUUCGUUUGGCACCGUGUUUACGAUCCUAAUCGGCCUUCUCAUCAGCGUGAUUGAACUCGAGCUCACAGUGCCCGAGGCGAUCUGGGAGGCGUGGAUGUACAUGACCUUUCCAGGUGCGCAGCGCGAGGCCGUGAGCUGGGACCAUCGGGCAAUCGCGAUGAUCGUUUCGAUUAUCGGCAUUCUCUUCUUUGCCGUCAUUCUCGGCUUCGUCGUUGACAGCGUCCGGGAAAAGAUGGACUCGCUCAAGAAGGGCAAGAGCAACGUCGUCGAAGAGAACCACACGCUGCUCUUGGGCUGGACCGACAAGUCCAUUUACCUCGUCAAAGAGCUGUGUCGCGCCAACGAAAGCGAAAAAGGCGGCGUCGUCGUCGUGCUCGCCGAACUCGAAAAGGAGGAACUCGAAGCCGAGCUACACUCGCACAUGCAUCCGGAUGAUUUCCUCGGCACCAAGGUCGUCUUUCGAACCGGGAACCCGCUCUUGAUUGUCGAUUUGAAAAAAGUCUCGGCGCACACGGCACGAAGCAUUGUCAUCAUGGCCACCGUCGGUGACGCCGACAAGUCGGACGCGGCGGUGUUGCGCAUCAUUUUAUCUCUUCUUGGCCUUGACUCGCUUCGCGGCCACAUUGUUGCCGAAGUCCGUGACAUUGACAACGAACCACUCAUCUCGCUUGUUGGUGGCGGUGCGGUCGAGUCCCUCGUGUCCCACGACGUGAUUGGACGACUUGUAAUCAUGUCGGCGCGGUCCCCGGGUCUCGCCAAAGUCUUCCGCGCCGUCUUGGGCUUUGAAGGCAACGAAUUCUACAUCAAGGAGUGGCCAACCUGCGUCAACGUACCGUUUGGGCGGCUACAAGCCUACUUUGAGGAUGCGAUUCCGAUUGGUGUCGAGACGACUGACGGUGACAUCGUCAUCAAGCCGGGCAAGGGCCGCUCAAUGCGUGCGGGCGAAAAGAUCAUCUUUCUUGCCGAAGACAACGACUCGUACAAGGUGCGCGAGACACCGAUCGAGAUUCCGUCCUGCCGCGACUACCCACUCGGCGUGACGGAGCGCCACAUCGAGAAGAUUCUCAUGUGUGGGUGGCGACGCGACAUUCGUGACAUGAUCAAACUCAUCGACGACGUUGCAAUGCCUGGAUCCGAGGUGCACUUGCUGUGCGAGGACCCCCCGAUCGAAGAGCGCGACGCGCAGCUCGUCGAGGCCGGCUUGGAUUUGGCCUCUCUUCAGAACAUUGCGCUGAUCCACCAGUAUGGCAACACUGCCAUCCGGCGCCACGUGGACCAGCUCCCACUCGAGAUGUACACAAGUGUCAUGAUUCUCGGCGACCAAGCGCGGGAAACCGACAUUCUGCACUCGGACUCGCACUCGCUCUCAACCGUGCUCUUGCUGCGCGGGCUCCAAGCAGCGCGGCGGCGCAAGGCCAAACAGCGGCUCUUCACACAGGAGGUCGCCGACUCGAUCGCCAAGUGGAUCCAGAAAGGCAGCCCCGAGAAGCAUUCGUCGUGUCCGUGCAUCGCAGAAAUCCUCGACCCGCGCACGCAAAAGACGAUUGCGAGCAACAAGACGAUCUCGAUGCACUCGGAGUUCAUCCAGUCCAAUGAGCUCGUCUCUUGCAUGCUGGCCAUGAUCUCCGAGUCGCGCGAAGUCAAAAAGAUCAUCAACGAGUUGCUUGGCACGGUCGGAUGUACCUUCUCCGUCGAGCCACACACACGCUACUGCGCGAAGGAUGAGAUGCUCUCGUUCUAUCAAGUGGCCAAGCGCGCGCUGGUUCACGACGAAGUGCUCUGCGGAUACCAGCUGUGCACGGCCAGCGAUGGAACGGAGCUCAACCCGCCAAAGAAGAACGUCAUCCGGAGCUGGAACGACAUGGACUUCGUCAUCAUCCGCGACAAGCGCAAGAAGAGCGAAGAGAAGAAGCUGCAGCUGAUGGAGACGACGACAACGGCGUUCGCAGACAUGGCCCGACAUCACCGCGUCCAUGGACUCAUCGACAGCCACAACGAGACUCUCGUCGAGCACAUGGAGGGCGUUGACGCCAUGCCCAAAGCCGACGACCGCCAAAUCAUCGAGGUCACGCGAGACGUCUUGCAGCGUCUCUCAGGCAAGCUCUCGGUCAUACUCAAGGAGUGCGAGCGUCGCUCUUCCGCCGUGCAUCUGUCGCCCGCGUAA